AUGACCUUGCAAGACCACCGUUUAAACGUCGGAAUCACCCUCGCAGCACUAGACCGCGGGCUGCAUGUACUCUGCGAGAAGUCGAUCUCGACCUCCGUGGCGGAACUGUCGCGCGUCUUGGACCAUAUCGAAAGGAAAUCGAAUCCAGCGACUUUGAUGGUGGCUUUCAUGCGGCGGUUCGACGACAGCUAUCGCGAGGCGUAUGACAAGAUCCAGGCCGGGGUGAUUGGUCGACUGAUUGUCUUUCGCGCGAACCAGUGCCAGUAUACAGACACUGAUCCUCUAUAUUACGACCAUCUCCGCAACUGCGGGGGCAGCUUCAUCGAUGCGGUGAUCCACGACAUUGACCUCGCGCUUAUGUUCUUGGGGGAGGACUCGAUUCCGAAGUCCUGCUCUGCCCAUGGGAUUAACGCUGUCUUCACGGAUCUAGAAAAGAAUUGA